AUGGCAGAUGGCCAAGUGAAAGACGAUCUGUACAAGAUACGGUACAAGAUAUCAUCCCAGCACAACAAGGAAUCAACCACGAUCAAAAUCAGCCCCAAUGGACUAUAUUUCGCGACAGCUUCAUCAGAUGCAACAAUUCACAUAUUUAACCUAGAAUCUGGUUCAUUUAUAAGGUCUUUGAGUUCUCAUUCGAGGGGUAUAUCCGAUAUAGCAUGGGCUCAAGACUCACGUCACCUGGCUUCAGUUUCAGACGAUAUGACCAUCAGAAUAUGGGAUGUGGAGUUUGGUGAAUGUUUAAACAUUUUAGAAGGUCAUACUUAUCAUGUCACUUGUGUUGAGUUCAAUUAUAGAGGAAACUUAUUAGUCACUGGAAGUGCUGAUGAGGCUAUAAGAAUAUGGGAUGCUCAGAAUGGGAAGUGCUUGAAGACUUUGAGUGCUCAUUCAGAUCCAAUUGCAUCAGUUGACCUUAGUUGGGAUGGAACCAUCAUUGCAAGUGCAAGUUAUGAUGGGUUGAUUCGUUUAUUUGAUACAGAAUCUGGACAAUGUUUGAAAACUUUGAUUUAUGAUAAAGGUGGUUCAUCAUUUCCUGUUUCAUAUAUUAGAUUUUCGCCAAAUGGGAACUAUUUAUUGGCAACUACAUUGGACAACACAAUAAGAUUGUGGGAUUAUAUGAACAAUAGAGUUGUGAAGACGUAUCAAGGCGGUACUGGAUUUUCAGAAAAGUAUACAUGUGGUAGCAGGUUUGUAACUACUUCAAAAGAUCCAUUAAUUGCUUCAGGAUCUGAAAAUGGAAACAUAUACAUCUGGGACCUGCAAUCAAAGAAAAUACUGAGUACAAUAGAAAUAUCACCAUCUUCACCAGUGUUACAAAUUGAUACGUUUGGUAAAGUUCUAUGUGCAAUAUCGAUGGAUGGUACUGUCAAGGUUUUCGAUUUGAGUGAUGAAUUCAAGGAAUAUGACAGUGAUAGAACGGACACAGACUAACAAACAUAUUCAUUAAAAUAAAUGCAUUUUGUCAUAGAAACUUCUGUUCAUUCUGGACAAUCAAAAGUUUAUUAUGGUGUGUCCUGUAACGUAUUCGCGAAUCUGGUCUACACAUAAAAUUUAUGUGAACGAAAAAUCAUGAUAUUUUGUAUGGGUCCCUUGGAUUUACUUCAAACAACUUUUGAAAACUAGUGACGAUGUUGAGGGUCUUGUCGAGUCAAGUGAGAAAUUCGUUAGUGAGACGUCAGCUCAUUAGAAGCUUUUCUCAAAAGAGCUCUGUUUUCGUUCAAUUACCACCAAAAGAAUCCAUAAUACCCAAG